CGUGUUGACCGGGAAAAAAUCAAACGAAGCCAGCAAUUGCUUUCGAACCGCGAUCCGCCAAACACGUAAAACAGUGAAUAUUAGCUAAGUCAAAGUGAGCGUAACCAAACAAGGAAACUUAAUUCCAACGCUCCUGUGACGCAAAAUGCUAUAGAAAUUAAAAGUCAAAUGAAUUGUGUACAAAACUGUGUGUGUGCGUGUAAUUUGAACGUCAAUUUGUUCAUGAUAAAAUUUGCCUGCGUUCAUUUGUCAUAUGUGUGUGUCGUCGUUAAGCAUAUGAGGAGCCUUUAACUGUGUGCGUGUGUGUCGGUGUAGCGUCAAGCAUAAGAAAGCAGCACAAAACGACAGUAACAACAACAACAACAGCGACGCUUGGCGAAAGAGAAAAACAAAGAGAAGAUCAAAAGCAGACUCCAUUUUACAAGGCGAAGAAAGGAAUAAAAAGGAACACGAGAUGGCCACUUUCCAUAUCCACCAAGAUAUAAGCAACAAGGAGAAUCCGGGUAACUUGAUUACAGCCGGAGUCAAAAACGCCAAGCAACCGCUGGCCGUAAUUGGGAAAUCGGAGAAGAAUGCGCUUGCGCCGCGGGCAAACUUUGCCGUACUCAAUGGCAACAACAACAAUGUGCCGCGUCCGUCCGGGAAAGUGCAAGUUUUCCGUGACGUAAAGAACCACAAUAACGAUGAAAAUGUGGGUAAGAAAUCAAAUGUGGUCCCGGUGGUGGAGCAGUUCAAAACCUUCUCCGUAUACGAGGAUAACUGUGACACCCAGGUUGUACCAUCUGGGAAAUCGCUGGCAUCUGCAGCCGAUAAAGAAAAUCAACAUGCUGCCAUUAGAUUCGAUGCGGGGGAAAAGGUGGUUUUAACCUACGAUCUGGAUUCCACGCCAAUGUCCGUAACGGAUGUCCUAUCACCUAUGUCCGUGGACCGUUCCAUUCUCGGUGUCAUUCAGUCGAAUGAUAGUAAUGACCCGAUCACGGGUGCUACGCCAGGUGGACAAGUGAAAGAGCUGCCGCCGCGAAAUGAUCGCCAGCGGUUCUUCGAAGUGGUCCAGUACCAGAUGGAUAUACUGGAAAACUUCAGAGUGAGCGAGAAGAAACAUCGCCCGAAGCCAAUGUAUAUGCGCAGGCAGAAGGACAUCAGUCACAAUAUGCGGUCCAUCCUAAUAGACUGGCUUGUGGAGGUUUCGGAGGAGUAUAAACUAGACACGGAGACACUGUACCUUUCUGUCUUUUAUUUGGAUCGCUUCUUGAGCCUGAUGGCGGUGGUGCGCUCCAAGUUACAGUUGGUGGGCACAGCAGCCAUGUAUAUUGCCGCUAAAUACGAGGAGAUCUAUCCCCCAGAGGUGGGUGAGUUUGUCUUUCUCACCGACGACAGCUACACCAAGGCGCAAGUGCUGCGUAUGGAGCAGGUCAUCCUGAAGAUUCUCUCCUUUGAUCUGUGCACACCGACUGCCUAUGUCUUUAUCAACACGUACGCGGUGCUGUGCGACAUGCCCGAUAGGCUAAAGUUUUUGACCCUGUACAUAUCUGAACUGUCGCUAAUGGAGGGAGAAACCUACUUGCAAUAUUUGCCCUCACUGAUGUCGUCUGCUUCGUUGGCAUUGGCGCGUCAUAUUCUGGGCAUGGAGAUGUGGACGCCACAACUGGAGGAGAUCACCACCUACAAGAUAGAGGACCUGAAAACCGUUGUUUUGCAGCUAUGUCACACCCACAAAACGGCGAAGGAGCUCAACACUCAGGCCAUGCGGGAAAAGUACAAUAGAGACACGUACAAGAAGGUUGCUAUGAUCGAAUCUAUUGAGAUGAGCCAGGACGACUUCGAUCAGCUCUGUCAGGCUUACAACGCCAAGCAAAACGAGAAACAGCAGCAGCUGGUUAAGAAUUCUAAAUCUAACGUGAAUUUGUUUUAUGAGUUUUAAGUGUUUUUGAACCUCUGCCAUGGUCAAAUUGUAUUUUAGUUUGUACUAUUUCGUAGUUUUAGAUUUAAAUGUACACAAUGGAGGAAUAGCAGUUCGGUGCCACAGAACAAAUUGUAUGCAUAGCUCGGCAUUUGUUGGUCAUUUUGGCAAGCUCCCGUAGAACGUAUUGGACAAUUUUAUAUGUAAGCCAUAUGAAAGAUUAGUUGCCAACUAAGUACGUAAACUUUUCACACCAGCAUUCACGACGUCUGAGCUUGCCACGCCAAGCGUGAGCAGUAAGAAACGCGGUAGUCUUAAAAAACUAACCGCCAAACAAAGAGCUAAACGAAAAUGAGAAACUCACCCGGCUAUUGGAUCUUUUAUAUUUUACGUUACAAUUUCAUAAUCUGUUCUCCUAUGUAUUUUUAUGUAUUUAUAAAUUGAAACAUAUGGAUGUAUACAAUGUGUCUUUAGUAGGAACAGCUAGUAUGGAUAAUUAUUUUACCUAAACAUAUUUAUAAACUAACUAUUAGUCCAUGAAUGUUCUGUGAACCACGAAACAAAUACAUUUGUCAAUUUUACAAAAGACACAUAAGCCGCCUACCAAACACCCAAACUAAUAGAGAACACCCAAUAGCAGCAUAGCCGAUCUAUACGAUCUGAUCCAAAUGGCAGACACCAAUUUGUUGUUAAACUCGUGUAUUCAUAUUAAUCUUAUGACGCUUACUAAAUAUGUACUAAACUUAGUCUAAUCCGUCAUGUCAGUAGGUGGAUUGAUGUUGCUGAGAGCAUAAACCGGGCGCUAGCUAAAUGCAGAAACCGAAUUGACGACGUGUCCUACGUUAACAUAACUUUUAUGAUUUUACUAACUAUUCAAUGUAAUUCGAUAAUAGCAUUGCCGAGUGUGUCGUGCUCGCAAGCCCUAUAUUCCAUAUACCUAUUGUAUUCAAUAAAAUUGUGAAAGACAUGCACAACAAAAAAAAUCUGCGAACAAUA